AUGGCUGCGAAUGACGGUUCUGCCUCUGAACGUACCGUUUCAGAUGUUGCUGAGGAGUUCCUCCCUGCCGUGUCUGCUGCUACCUCGUCCACUGCUGCUGCCCGCGUUCGGAAUCCGGCGUUUGUUGCGUGGUCUCGCCGUGAUCAAGGGUUGCUAUCUCUCCUUGUUUCUUCGCUGUCCGAGGAGGUGCUCUCCAUCGCCGUCGGCUGUCGGACAUCGAAGGAGUUGUGGGAUGCCAUUGAGCAGUCUCUAGCUUCCGCCUCUCAAUCCCGCCAACUUCACUUGCUCAGCCAACUCCAUGGUCUUCGGCAAGGAGAUUCAUCGACGGCAGAGUAUCUCGGGCGUGCUCGGCUUAUUGUUGAAGAUUUAGCUCUCGCCGGCCGGAAGGUAACGCUGGAAGAACAGAACCUGUACGUGUUCCGCGGCCUUCGACCGGAGUUCAAGGAUGUCACCUCUUCGCUGGCGGUUCGAGGACAUCCGGUGACGCUCCUUGAUACAACACUACCACUGCUGAAUCCAAGUCAAAAUAAUGAGGGAGAUGCCAUACAUGCAGAUGUGGAGCUCAGUGGUAGUGUUGUAUCACUCCUUGAGCUUGCUGACUUGCUGGGCGCGCAGGACUUCAUCGCCGGUGAUGAUUACGCACUGCCUGGAGCUGCUGCACCGGCGGCUUUCGCUGCUCAGGGAGGUCGCCAGUCGCGUGGUCGUGGAGGAGGCCGUUCGGUCGUGCUGGUUCCGGUUCUGCUCGCGGUCGCAGAGGAUCUGCAUGGCGCGGCGGCGGUUCUGGUCGGCAGUCACGUGGCGGUGGGAGAGGCCGUGGCAGAGGCUCUUCCAUCCAAUGCCAAAUUUGUGGGUGAUUCGGCGAAUAAUGUGACUGCUCAUACCUGGUUGCCCAACACCGGUGCAACGCAUCAUGCCACGCCUGAUAUAGCCGCCCUCUCUAAUUCUGAGGAUUAUGUUGGUAACGACACCUUGCGUGUUGGUGACGGAUAUUCGGACCAAGGAAACUCUUUUGCGGGGCAAUAG